CUGUCCUAGUUCGCUUUCUAUUUCUAUCCAAAGUGAAAGAAAGCGCCACCUUAGCCGGGCGCUUAGUCAGCCGGAGACAGCAGCUCCAGACGGCAAACGGCUUCAACCACCAGGCGAUGCAGAAACACAAAGGGCCCCCAACAGCUAGCUAACGAUGUAGAGUACACCUGUCAGCUUCUGUCUUGCCCGGAGAUUAUUCUAGUGGACUUCAGUUCGUUGUUAGUCCUUCUUCACAAGCAUGCCAACCUCAAAUAACACCUCCUCCCCGGUUAAACGGCCAGGACUGGCCCGUCGCUCAGUGUCCUCGCAUGCCAUCAUCACCCCGCGGCCCCCAUCGUCGAAUAACGCAGAUCUAUCUCAAUCGCACACUCAGAGGGCGCCUGUACAUAAGCUACAUCGACCCCAUGUGGUGGGCGGUGCCCAUCGCACCCAUAGCCGCAACCCUUCAUUUGGCAAGAAUCUGAACAAGUUACAGAGACCGACUUCGGGCCAGAAUAUCAUUGAAGGUCAUGCGUACGGGAUCGGCACAGGCACGAGACAUCACCAGCGAAAGAAGUCGGCUCCAGCGACAUCCGCUGCAGUGACUCCAGCUGCCAGCCCAAAGGGCCACCACGUCCGUUGGGAUGCUCCGACUUCCUUGGGCGACCACAAAACACAUGCGUCGAUAAAGAAGAACUUCUCCACUCCGGCUCUUCGUCGAAAUACCGCAACUGUGCCAGGAAAGAAGGCGUUGGUCACAGACCGUCCGCAAAGUGCCAGAGGCCAACCGAAGAAGGUCGUGGGUUUCGAGUUGGGUGAUCCGGACGAGGACGACGACGAAGGUGAAUGGGAAGAUAGUACACAGUCACCAGAGAGCACGAGACGGAAUUCAGUAGCUCCGUCAAAAGGUAGUGCAGAGAACAGUGCGGUGCUGGUUGACCCGUUGACCUUUGUGAAACGUCCCUAUCCUCGCGUUCCGCAAGCGACCAGCCUGCCGGAGCCAACAAGCAGGACCUUCUCGACGGGACUCUCUCACUCAGAUGACGAAGACCGAGAAUCAGACGGAGAGAGAGAAGACAGAGUAAGUCGAGAGCGGCAAGAGGCCGAAGAGGAACACGCGCAAUCCGUGAAAGGUUCAGAACACGAUAUAGCCUCGCGGUUACUCAGCCAGUCACGUCCAUCCAAGGCUCCCCCGGCCAUGUCAUCGAUAUCAGCUAUGGCGAAACCCGCAGUGAUUAAUACUGCUUCCCGUAAUGCAUCUCUGACAAACCUGGCCUCCGCUCAUGAUGGGUCUCGUCGCAGUCAUUUGUCGACCUCGAACCCAGCAAUGGCUUCUACACCAGGCACACACGGACAGGCUACAUCUUCCUCCAUUGAAGGCGGCGUGUCACGCUUCAUCAUCAACAAGGAUGGCCGUCAUGCGGCGUCCCGCACAGACUCAGACCCCAAUACUCCCUCCUCUUUCCUCCCCCAUUAUCAUCCCCAGACCCCUCCAUCUCCGGGUCGUGGUACGAGCUCGAAGCGGACGAAAGCCUCGCCUCCAUCACGGCCACCAGGUGCCGAGCCACCAUCGCGUACACAGCAGAAGCUAUGGCUUCAACGCACAGCUGCCCUGACGACUUCUCCUCCCGAUCCACAUGAUCCAUCUUCCGCUAUCUCUCCGUCCACGAUGGAUCCAGCUUUCAUGGCUGCUACUCAUGCACGAACGAGCUCACGUGCGUAUGAUGGUGCUCGAGUGGUGAAUGGUGGCGGAAGAAUCGGCGGAGCGGCCCAUGAGAGCGAAGCCAAGCAUGUUCGCAAGGUGUAUGAGAAGACAGCAUCCGAAUUAACGGUUGUACGACGCUUCCAGAGCCCCAGCAACGAUAGUUUCAAGCGGGUAAGACGUGUAAUGCUUGAGAUGGAGAGACCGUCUUCAAGCCCUGGAUCUCUUACCAAGACUGUCAAGUCGGCACCCGCUUUAGCCAACAUCGGCUUGGUGCAGGCACCACCGGCCAGAACACAGCAUCGCCGCGUCCUCUCUCGAGGAAAUAAUGACUCUGAUACGGGUAGCAGCAGCCAAGUCAAUAAGAACAAGCCCUCUGGAUCCAGGCAAUCUCGGGUAUAUUUCCAGGACCAGGACGACAUUGUCAAUAUCAGUCCCUCAGAGCCUGCCGACAGACUGGACGUUGACCAUCAGCAUGCGACUACUCAGCACCUUUCUACAUCCGACGAAGCUGCGCAUGGGCGUCCUACUUCGGACGAGCUCAAUGGUGGCUUUUUCCCAAAUGAAACAGAACUAAUGCUCCGUCGCUUGUGGGAAAGCAGAGAAGUCCCAACCAUCGGUUGAAUCCAGUUGCUCGACUAUCAAUCAGACGUCAACUCUUAAUACAUCUUUACCUACCAUAGGCCAACCAUACAGGACCUAACCAUUAUCACCAAACAAAAAAAAGAAACAAACCUCUUAAUUCUAAUUUUGUCCUCGGCAAUAACCGGGAUUAACCUCUUACUACUAUGAUUAUUAUUAUGAUCGAACACUGGAUUUAGAAGGGUGUCGGACAGGGAAGGAAGGAAUACGGUAGCGAAUCAGCUGGGUUGGCAUUUGUUAGGCGUCGUCUUGACCUUUUUUUUGUUUUUUCUUUCCUUGUACUCUUACUACGCUCGAUUUGUUUUAUUCUAUAUGUGUAUGGUAUCGUUGAACAGCAGACCACGACAGGUAAUACUAUUUUUAAAUGCAAGCACACGGAAUUACGAAACUAG